AUACACAAAAUCAAAUAAUCCAAAAGAAAAUUGAACAUUAGAAUUGGUUGGUUGUGUGUCAUCUUCCUCAUCUUCUUGAAGGGUGUUCUUGUAACCCAAAAACCACCAUGAGUGCACUAAAAUCUUGCAAAACCAUCGGUUACGGUUCGACGUUUUUAUCUGAUCGUUCGUUAAAUACCCGAAUUCAAAAUUCAUCUGUAAAUGUUAGAACUUGUUACAGAACGAGGGUGACGUUAAGGGCUAGCAUUGAUGGACAAGAAGAGAAAAAGAACUCGGAAAGACGAAGCUUUUUAACCCUAGAAGAAGCUGGUAUCGUAGAAAUGGCGGGUUUAAGCUCUCAUGAACGAUUUCUGUGUCGCUUGACGAUAUCGUCGCUAAACUUAUUGAGAGUGAUAGGAGAGCAGGAAGGAUGUAGUAUUGAAGAACUAAACGCGGGGAAGGUGUGUGAUUGGUUUUUGAAGGACAAACUCAAAAGAGAGCAGAAUUUGGAUGCAGUUCUUCAAUGGGACGAGUCUGAAUUUCCAUUAUAAAAAGACCAGUUUGCCCUUCCAUUUCAACGUUUAUACUCUUUGCUACAACUCGUCAUUCAAGAGUGUUCCGGUCAUUUGAGAAAUCACUGACAAUUGAGUUAAUUCAAAUGGUUAAAAUGUGAUCAAAAUACUUACGUUUGUAAGUGUUAAAAAGUUGUUUCAUACCUGUUCUCUUUAUUACAAUUUGUAAUUCGAGGGUAUUUUGGUAAUUUAAAAAAACCAUUGCCAGUUGCAUUUCUUCAAAUUGUUAGAA